AUGCAGAAUCCUGUCCAGACCCUUCAUAGGGAUCCCCAGUUAUUCUACUGGAUCCUGAUCCCCAUCACCAUUGUCAUGGUCCUGACCGGUGUUCUCCGCCACUAUGUAUCUGUUCUUAUGGCUACCGCGCCCAAGAAGCAAGAUGAAAAAGCCAUGCGUGAACAGCGAUACCUGGCUCGCGGUGUAGCCCUUCGUUCCAACCAUCAUGUCCUCUCUCAGAAGGCAUUCGAGUCCCGACGUGAUGUCCUUACGACCAAUUACGAAGCUGGAACAUACCUCAAGGAGCCUGACCGCAAGGGCCAACCCCCUGCCAACCCUCUGUCUGACCCCAGUGCCAUGGACGGCAUGAUGGGCAUGAUGAAGAACAACAUGGCCAUGAUUGUUCCCAACACACUCAUUAUGAGUUGGAUCAAUGCCUUCUUCAGCGGAUACGUCAUCAUGAAACUACCUUUCCCCAUUACCAUCAAGUUCAAGAGCAUGCUCCAGGCUGGUGUUCAGACCAGGGAGAUGGAUCCUCGUUGGAUGUCCAGCAUCAGCUGGUACUUUCUCUGCAUCUUUGGUCUCCAAUUCGUUUACGUCUUCCUUCUCGGUAGCGACAAUGCUGCCAGUCAGGUUGCCCAGCAAAUGCAGUCGCAGCAGAUGCCUAACCCCAUGAUGGGCGGUCCUGGCCAGGACCCUCACAAGCAGUUCGUGGCUGAAAUUGAGAAUUUGAAUGUGGUUGAGCAUUACUCUGUUUUGGAUAACGUCGAGGAGCGUCUGUUGGCGGGUAUCAAGUCGUAG